AUGCACGUGCCUUGCACCUUUAAAGUAAUUGGUGUUGCAACAAUGUGUAGUAAGACUGUAAUACGACGAUCGGGAAAUUACCAACCUUCUAUUUGGAAACACGAGUUUAUCCAAUCAUUGAGAAGUGAAUUUGCGGAAGAAAUAUAUAUGAGACGAUUCAAUCAAUUGAAGGGAGAAAUAAGAGUCAUCAUGAACACAAUAAUUGACGAUCCUUUAAAACAACUCGAGCUCAUUGAUAUGUUACAACGACUUGGAAUCUCAUACCAUUUUGAGAAUGAGAUUAAGAACGUGUUGAAAACGAUAUACGAUAAGAGCUAUGAACAGGAGCAUUGGAAAAACAAUAAUCUCUAUGCAACAUCACUUGAAUUUAGACUUCUAAGGCAACAUGGAUUCAAUCUUUCCCAAGAUGUUUUCAAUAAUUUCUACUCGAGUGAGACGAAAAGUUUCAACACACAAAUGUAUCAGGAUUUAAAUGGAAUGUUAUUUUUGUACGAAGCCUCAUUCUUGAGUAUAGAAGGGGAGAAUAUUUUAGAGACCGCAAAACAUUUUACAGUGGAAUAUUUAGAAAAAUACAUGAAGUCAAGCAAGGAUGAAAAUGAAGUAGCGAUUGUUAGACAUGCAUUGGAGCUUCCCUUACAUUGGAGAAUGCCAAGAUUGGAUACAAGAUGGUUCAUUGAUAUCUACGAGAGAAAAGUGGAUAUGAAUCCUAUUCUUCUUGAAUUUGCUAAACUUGAUUUCAAUAGGGUGCAAUCUAUCCACCAACAGGAUCUGAAAUAUACAUCAAGUUGGUGGAAAAGCAGUGGACUAGGGGAAAAAUUGAGCUUUGCAAGAAAUAGAUUGAUGGAGAAUUUCUUAUGGACAGUCGGUUUUGGAUAUGAACCUCAAUUCUCAUAUUAUAGAAGAAUGGCCACAAAAAUCAAUGUGUUCAUAACAACAAUUGAUGAUGUAUAUGAUGUCUAUGGCACAUUAGAUGAACUCCAACUCUUUACCGACGCAAUCGAGAGGUGGGAUGUUGCUGCAAUGGAUGAGCUUCCUGACUACAUGAAAAUAUGUUUUCUUGCUCUUCACAAUUCUAUAAAUGAGAUGGCUUUUGAUGUACUAAGAGACCAAGGAAUUAACGUCAUCCAAUACCUUAAGAAAGGGUGGGUAGAUUUGUGCAAAACUUAUAUGGUGGAGGCAACAUGGUACCACAAUGGCUAUAAACCAACAUUGAAAGAAUAUCUAGAUAAUGCAUGGACUUCAAUAUCAGGACCAGUUAUAUUAGUUCAUGCGUAUGUUUUUGUCACAUCUCCAACCUUGAAGGAUAUGGAAAACUUGAAACACUACGUUGAUUUGAUUCGUUAUUCAUCGACAAUUUUACGACUUGCUGAUGAUCUAGGAACAUCAUCGGAUGAAUUAAAAAGAGGUGAUGUUCCAAAAUCAAUACAAUGUUAUAUGAACGACACGGGAGCUUCAGAGAGUAAUGCUCGUAAAUAUAUUAAGCAUUUGAUUGAUGAGACGUGGAAGAAGAUAAAUAAGAUUGAAGUAGAGAAUUCUAUUAUCCCUCAAGUGUUUGUGGAUAGAGCUAAGAAUCUCGCUAGAAUGGCUCAAUGUAUGUAUCAAUAUGGGGAUGGACAUGGCACAGCGCAUGAAGAAACAAAAGAUCGUGUAAUGUCUCUUCUUAUUCAACCAAUUUCUGUUCUUUGA